AUGGGGGAGAGGUUUGGCACUGCUUCCACUAACGUGUAUUGUUUCAAACGUACGAAGGUGCACGUGCUGCCGCAAACCGUGCUCUACAUAGCGGACGCAGAAACGUUCAGCGGGCACGAGGAGUGCCACGAGCAAAAGAAAGCCAGGAAAAGAAACAGUAAAGAAACGGCAAUUGCGCUCGAAAAAUUGUUGCCAAAGCGAUGUCAGGUUCUUGGACUGGUCACCCCAGGGAUUGUAGUUACCCCUAUGGGUUCGAGCAGCAAUCAGCCUCAAGAAAUUGAAGAGGGCGAAGCUGGGUUUGCUCUGUUGUUUCCCAAAAUCGAUGGGGUGAAAAUUCAUACCUUCCAUUUUUCAAAAGACUUGAAGAACAGGGUCUUUGAUGAAAGUAAAUUUGCUGAAGCAGGUCUGAAGAACAACCCAGAUCUCCGGGUGGUUCUUCUGUUUGGCUACAACUCCUGGAAGUCUGGAGCAACUCGAUUUCUUCAUCAAAUAGUCAAUCCUUUGAAUGAGAAAAGUAUCAUCCUGGCUGGGGGACAAGUGGAGAGCUUUACAUCGCUGACCUCUGAGAAUAACAAUGCCCAGCCCGGGGAUGCCUGCGGUGUGGUUGGGCUGGCUUUCAGCGGUCCCCAGAUCCAGAGCGCCACUGUUUUGUUAGACCAGGAUGUAGCUGAUGAGAGGACAGCAGAAGCCGCCAUGCAGCGUCUCAAAGCAGCAAACAUCCCCGAGCGUAACACCAUCGGCUUCAUGUUUGCCUGUGUUGGCAGAGGAUAUCGGCAUUAUAAAACCAAAAGGAAUAUGGAAGCAGAUGCAUUUAGGAAGUUUUUUCCAAACGUUCCCCUCUUUGGCUUUUUUGGACAUGGGGAAAUAGGAUGUGAUCGAAUAGUUACUGGGAAUUUUGUAUUAAGAGAAUGUAAUGACAUAAAGGAUGACCUGCUUCAUGGUUAUACUACCGUUAUGACUCUUAUUCAUCUUGGUUCGACUAAAGCAAACCAAGUGUAAAUAUGUUUUUGAUGCUUCAGUGAGCUGUUCGUUUCAUUCCAGAAAGCUGAGAAGUCUGGAAGAGUGGACAUCUUGCAAUCAAAGCCCCUUCCAAAACGUAAACAUCACUUUGGUAAUAUUAUUGAAUCUUGUAGUUGGGAUAGAGUUUAAUAUAAUAGCUGCGAGAAAGCUUUGCGUUUUGUGUAAUCCCCUGUACACAUCAGAAUUGCAGGUAAAUGAUACUUGAUGGCAAUUCUGCAAUUGAAGAAAGCCUCUUUCUUCCAAAAUGAGAAUGGUUUGCACAAAUGGCAGUUGGAGUCCAAAUAUAAACAUGUAGAAAGAAACAGUACUUUGAUGUGCUCUAUUUAUGUAUGUAAAAGAGUCUAGAAAAACUACUGAUGCAUACUGAAAUGCUGAUGCAUAAAAUCCACCAUUUCCUGGGUUUUAUUUCAAGAGAGAUGCGCAACCUGCCCAGACUUGAGUCCUAUUUACGGAACUGAAUGGUUUUACUAGAUAAAAUGAAUGAAAAUCUUUAGAGAAAAAUAACAAAGUGCUCAUUAAAUAAAGAUGAAAAUACAUAAAAG